UGGAGGCUUAUUUGGUUGGUUUGGUUCUGUCUGUCUGUAUUUUGCUUGGUGCAUUUUAUAUUAAAACUGUAGAUCAAAGAAUGAUCCAAAUAAACGACGAGUUACUUAAGCAUAGAAAUGAAAUAGAGAAUGGGAAAAAAGAAUUAAAAUCAACCAGGAUAGCACUUACGGAAGUGAAAGUAGAAUUGGAAUCCACGAUAAAGGAACUUAACCAAAUGCAUGUACAAUUGGAAUCGAAAAGUAACGUACUUAAGCAAGUUGAAGAAGAAUUAAAAUCGACGAGAGAGCAAAAUAAUUUACUUCGUAAAGAAAUGAUAGAAGCAGACAAUUCCAGUAGGGCAAAAGUAGACCAAAAUAAAGCAGACGUAGCUGGGUUACGCAAAGAUUUAAAUGAGAUUAAAAAAGGUAUGGAUCAUCAUGACGAUGAAUUUUCUGCCUUUGCAGCUUCUUUAACUGUUCCUAAAUCUUUAGGAGUUGGUGAACUUGUAAAGUUUGACAAGGUUUGGACGAACGUAAAAAAGGAUUAUGAUCCCAUAACCGGCGUAUACACAGCCCCAACAUCAGGAGUGUAUCAGUUCUCAUGCACCGUUAUGACAUCAAGCGGUGGACAGCUUCGUGUCUUCUUAUGGAAAAAUGACGCAAAGACAGUAGCUGUGUAUCCUGGCCAAAUAGGCUACAAUACGGGAACUUUAAAUAUGGUCCUAGAACUUAACAAAGGCGAUAAAAUAUACAUCAAGCAAGGAGAAAGCCAGGAGAAUAGUAUUUACAGUGAACCUUCGAGUAACUUCUGUUUGUUUUCUGGUUAUCUCAUUCGAAUAAUUACAUCUAAAUGAAAUAAAAA